AUGAUCAACAACACUACAUCUCCGACCUCACCAUCAACGGCUCCAUCCACCACUCCCAAACUCUCCCAACUCACUCAGGAUACUCUUGCCAUUACAAAAUCCGUUCUUGAAGACAAGUACUCGAAACAAAAACUCACCAGAAACAACAAAGCCAUCAGAUGGUCGGACAAAGUCAAACCAAAAACUGUAAAGGAUUACGAUAAGAUUGCAGUCAUUGGUAGAGGAGCAUUCGGAGAGGUUCGUCUCGUACGGGACAAACAAACUGGACAGGUAGCAGCUAUGAAAAUGUUAAAGAAGACUGAAAUGAUGAAGAAGAAUCAAGUUCAGCAUGUAAGAACCGAGAGAAAUUUGAUGGCCGACUCUGGAGAGAAUAACAUUAAUGAGUGGAUUGUUGAACUAUAUUCAUCCUUUCAAGAUAAUGAAUAUUUGUAUCUUGUGAUGGAAUAUUUACCUGCCGGAGAUAUGAUGACUUGGCUCAUUCAACGAGAAUAUUUUACUGAAGAAGAGACACGAUUUUAUAUUGCUGAACUUGUCAUGGCUGUUGGCUCGAUUCAUGCUCUUGGUUAUGUUCACAGAGAUUUGAAGCCUGAUAAUAUUUUACUUGACAAGAAUGGUCACAUUAAACUUUCUGAUUUUGGAUUAUCAAAACCAUACAAGUUGGAUACAGAUCCUGAGGAGGCAAGAAAAUCGAUUGAAGACGCUGCUGCAAAUGAAUUGGGUAGCUCAGAAGCCGCUGCUAGUCAAGAGACAGGAAAACAAAGAGACGAAUGGAGAAAAAAGGGUCGUAUCAAGCUCUACUCAACUGUUGGAAGUACCGGUUACAUUGCACCAGAAGUUUUGUUGAAAAAAGGUUAUGGAUUGGAGUGUGAUUGGUGGUCAGUGGGAAUUAUUAUGUUUGAAAUGUUGUGUGGUUAUCCACCUUUUUCAUUUGAUGAGCCACCUGCUCAGACAUGUCACAGAAUUAUCAAGUGGAAAGAAAAUUUGCAAUUCCCUGACGACGUAGUUUUGUCCAAUGAAGCUAAGGACUUGAUAUUGAGAUUUUUAUGCGAUCCAGAAGAUAGAAUUGGAACCAACAGCAUUGAGGAAAUUAAGAGCCAUCCAUUCUUCCGUGGAAUUGACUGGGAAAACAUUAGAAAGGGACCAGCUCCUUUCUGCCCUGAACUGGAAAGUGAAGAGGAUCAUAGAUACUUUGAUAACUUUGAAGAUAAUGAAAUGUACAGAACAAUUAAGGAUGAACCAAGAAAUAUCUUGAGAACUAACAAACACAUGGUAUUUGCAAACUUUACAUGGGACAAGAGAGAUGGAAAGAAAAACCAACCCCGAGCCAAGGUUAUGGAUUUGCGAGAAGAGAUGAAAUCCAUGUAUGAACAACAGCAUCAAACUCAACAACAAUAA